ACCUCUGGUGCUCACACUUCCUCACACCAAUAUCAAACAUUCUCUUAGCUUCCUCACAUCUCAAUCUUUCUUUGAUCAUUUUCUAAGCUCUAAAAUCAUCACCAUGGGUGUCUUCACAUACUCAGACGAGUCCACCUCAGUCAUCCCCCCACCAAGAUUGUUCAAAGCCCUUGUUCUUGAAGCUGACACCCUCAUCCCCAAGAUUGCUCCCCAAUCAGUGAAAAGUGCUGAAAUUGUUGAAGGAGAUGGAGGUGUUGGAACCAUCAAGAAGAUUAGCUUUGGUGAAGGAAGUCAUUACAGCUAUGUGAAGCACCGGAUCGACGGGCUUGACAAAGAUAACUUUGUGUACAGCUACACUUUGGUUGAAGGCGAUGCUCUUUCAGACAAGGUUGAGAAAAUCAGUUAUGAGAUUAAGUUGGUGGCAUCUGCUGAUGGAGGUUCCAUCAUAAAGAGCAGCAGCAACUACCACACCGCAGGGGAUGUUGAGAUCAAGGAAGAGGAUGUUAAGGCUGGCAAAGAGAAGGCCACUGGUCUGUUCAAGCUCAUUGAGAACUACCUUGUGGCCAACCCAGAUGCCUACAACUAAAACCUUAAAUGAAAUAUACUGCAUGUGCUUUCUCUGUCAUUAUAUUGGUGUGGCUUUCAUUUUUCCUUUCCUUUUUGUUGUGUGUGGCCAAGGCCUUGCACUUGGAGGCCUUUGUUAUAUCAAAGUGUGACUGUUGUAUUUUUUUUUUUCAUU